CGGGGAAGGGAGGCAGCUGAGGUGACCUGGCUCCGCCAUCUUGUUGUACGGCUGGCCUCGGCCCCUGUGUUGGGAGGGGUGAGGGGGCUGGGGGGAAGGGCCAACCGGCCGGAGAUGGUGAUCUGCUGCGCGGCGGUGAAUUGCUCUAACCGGCAGGGGAAGGUGCAUAGAGGAGCCGUCUCCUUCCACAGAUUCCCUCUAAAGGACUCAAAACGUCUGAUCCAGUGGUUAAAAGCUGUUCAAAGGGACAACUGGACUCCCACCAAGUACUCCUUUCUCUGCAGCGAGCAUUUCACCAAAGAUAGCUUCUCCAAACGGCUGGAAGAUCAGCAUCGGCUACUCAAGCCGACAGCUGUGCCAACCAUCUUUCAGCUCACAGAGAAGAAAGACGACAACCAGGAUUAUGUCAAAAGUAGAAUUAAAAUAGCAAGCCAAAUACCUGUGAGGGAUGGAGAUCAAUCAAGGGAAGGAGACUGUGAGGUAGUUGAGAAAACUUCAUAUUCUAACCAAGACUUUAUGGUAAUGCAAGGGACUAAAGAGAUGGAGCAAGUGACUCUGCAAGCUGAAAUUGGGUCAAUGUCUGAGCAAGGAGAGAAUGUCUGUGGGCAGUUGGAAGGGCCUCUGAGAAGGAUGUUAGUCGAUAAUUUAGUCUCAAAGACAGGAGUCCAGAAAAAGCCAGAAAGACCAUCUGUGGAUGAUUGUUCUGAAAGCGCUAUCCAUACUGAGAGUUGGAUAACAGAUAGAAGUGGUAUAUCAGUUGAUGACUUCACACCUCCAGUAUCUGGGGCUUGCAAAUUUAUUGGCUCCCUCCACUCUUACAGCUUUUCCUCUAAGCACACGAGAGAGAAGCCAUCUUUCCCAAAAGAGCAACUUGAGAAGAAAAGGCCAAAGAGAGAUGUGGAACCAAGCUGCAGCAGCAGUAUCAUGGGGCACAAUAAGACCUUAGCAGAAAGCUCCCCUAAUUCAUCACUUACUGCAACCCCUCAGAAACCUUCCCAAAGUUUGUCAGCAUCCCCUGCAGACCUUACCCCUCAGCCAGCAACAGAGGCUGUGGUAGGGCAGAAAGGAGAGACAGAUGCCAACCCCAUGUCAAUCAAUGAGGUCAUCAUCUCAGCCUCAGGAGCUUGCAAGCUCAUUGACUCCCUCCAUUCAUACUGUUUCUCCUCUAGGCAAAGCAAAAAUGAAGUGUGCUGCCUACGGGAGCAGGUGGAGAAAAAGAAUGGAGAGCUGAAGCUGUUGAGGCAGAGAAUCAGCCGCUCUGACAGUCAAGUCAAGAAGCUGAAGGAGAAGCUGGAUGAACUAGAGAAGAUCAGUUUCCCAUACUUGAACAGUCUGCUGUCCCAGGACUGUGAGACCCCCCAGCUAAACCCUGUGAUUGAGCCUCUGUCCUGGAUGCUGGGCACCUGGCUGUCAGACCCACCAGGAGAUGGUGACUUCCCUACGAUGAAGCCCUUUCAGUACCUGGAAGAGGUGCACAUCUCUCAUGUGGGGCAGCCCAUGCUGAACUUUUCGUUUAAUGCUUUCCAUCCAGACACCAGGAAGCCAAUGCACAGAGAAUGUGGAUUCAUCCGCCUCAAACCUGACACUAACAAGGUGGCCUUCAUCAGUGCCCAGAACACAGGUCUUGUGGAGGUGGAGGAAGGAGAAGUGAACGGGCAGGAGCUGUCUAUAGCUUCUCACUCUAUAGCCAGGAUCUCCUUUGCCAAGAAGCCCCAUGUGGAGCAGGCCUAAUGUUUUCAUUGAAAUGAAGCUACUUCAUAAUUUCCAGUCUGCCCCAGCUGUCUGCUGCAGAAUUUAGGUCCAGCUUGUUACAGAGUACGUUGGAAUUUGCUGCUAAUAAUCAUCAGAGAUGGAAUUUGGCUUUGCUUUAUGUGAGCAUUCAUAUUCUGUCAGAGGCAGUGAUUUGUAUUUGAAAUUUAGCAAACUGGAAAUGAGGUAAGAAUGGCCAAAGCCCUAAUGGCUGCUGCUAUUGUGCAGCAGGAGAUGCUUUUAAAGAGUGUGUAACCUCUGACACACAGCCUGUUUAUUAGUGUGUUUGUUUCUGUUUGAUGACUGGCAUAUUUUCUUAUAUUCCAUCUGCAUUAAUACAUUUUGCCAGCUGUACUUCAGUCCAUCCCUUUCAGUGUAUGCUGUUCUCAGUGUAGGACUCAGCUGUGCAGUACAGUUGCAGCCAUCGUUCUGACAGAGGUGCUUUCUCUUAGAAAGUUGCUCUCUGCGUUAUUGGAGCGUACAGUGUGAUUAUUCCCAGAUUCGCCACAUGCUCUUGUAACAAACCAACCUAUCUGGGGGCAUAGGGAAGGGAGUACUGCAGCAGUCCUUCAGAUUUUGCCUGUGGAAGUCUGUCAGACAUGAGAAGGGCUAGGCCAGUAACUUUCAACUAAGGAAAUAAGAACCAAGCUUAUUCUAGCCCCAGAUGUUGGUUUACUUCAUUUAAAAAAAAAAUGCUAACCAGAACAAAAUAAAGGGCUGUGUGUGUUUAUUUCCC